AUGUCGACUUCGAAACAUUUAGGGGAGGGCAUCAAGGUCGCUAUUGUUGGAGGUGGCCCUGCUGGUCUUGCAGCUGCCAUUGAGUUUGCCAGGCUACCCUUUAUUGACUGGCAUCUUUACGAGCAGAAACCAGCCAUUAGUGAGAUUGGAACUGGCAUUACCUUACAACGCAGCACCUGGGUCCUAUUGGAGAAGCUCGGAGCUUCCAAACACCUUCGGCCGAACGAUUUCUUCAGGCCCUCGGAUGGUCAUGAUUACCAGUACAGGGACGGAAUAUCUGGCGUGGUUGUGAAGCAGACCUAUCCACCAGCACAUGUUGCUCCUCAUCAGGCUCCCUGCCGAAUUCACAGAGGUAAAUUGCAGAGAGCGUUACUCAAGGAGACAGAUUCAUCUCGUAUUCGGCCGGGCAUGAAAUUGGUCAAUGUCGAGCUAUUGCCUUGUGGCAAGCUUCGCCUAAUAUUCGACGACGGCUUCACUGACGAUGUUGACCUCCUAGUUGGUGCCGAUGGUAUUCGAUCUGUCAUCAGAAAAUUUGCCUAUCCGGAUCAUUCCGUCCACUACACAGGCAUGACCGCUUAUAGAGCAGUAGUCAAAGUCUCGGACGUCGAGCAGAUAAACGGCAUGCCGAGAGCUUCGGUAUUCUGGUAUGGAUCUGAGGGCAAGUGGAUCUAUACAGCUCCGCUAGAUGAUGAAGAUUGGGAAAUCACCUGCAGAAUCAGGGAGGCUGACGACGGCGACCGAUCGAGCUGGGGCAAAGAAGUUAGUGUGGCCAAGUUCAUCGAAGGAUUCCAAGAGUGUUGCGAGCCAGUUCAGAAACUGCUCUCGCUCGUCACCCAAAUCAAACGGUUUGACUACUUUGGCGGGACAAGACUGCACUCAAUCGUCAAUCACAAUUCUGUCGCUCUCAUCGGAGACGCGUCGCAUCCCUUGUCUGGUGCUUUUGGUGCUGGCGCCGCUUUUGCUCUCGAAGACGCACGCACACUGGCAGGGGCGCUAAGCUGGGCUGCUUCUUCAGCCAAAGGUUUGAAAGAUGCAUUAGACCUUUUUGACAGCGUGAGGUCACCCUAUUAUUGUGCUCUUUACCAGACCAUAGACGACAUCGCUUCUUCCCACGAGAAGGCCUUUCAUAAGGCUGCAUCCGUGGAAGAAGAGAUCGUUGGUCGGAUCGAGAAUGUCUCAAAGCCUGAGCGCAACUGGAUGUAUUAUCACGAUGUAAGCCCAAAGCCCACUCCAUUGUUGGCAUACUCUAAUCGGCCGUGA